AUGGCAGCCCUACAGAGGCUCUCUAAACUCUCCGAGGCGCAUUGCGUUCUCCUCGCCGUACAAUAUGCAACCGAGUCCAACAUCACAGCGUUGCGCGCAUUAACAGCACUACGCGACAGCGAUCUGCCACUUGAACUUACCCUCAGCAUACUCUUGAACUAUCUCCCGGAAGAAAAAGACCCGUCUUUGUAUUGCGACUAUCUCCAGGACUUGGCGAAUGGCUCACGAUAUCCUGGAGAGAACCCCGCCGAAUCGCUAGACGUAGGGUCGGUAGAACAGCUCUCGAAUUCACGGGCAAAGAAGAAAAGAAACGCUUUAGGUCUCAUACCUGUGAUACAUCCUCUCUAUGCAGCAGCGAGCGAAGUGGAUAUCUUUACCCAUUUCCUCGUCCACCGCGCCCACCGCAUCGACGCUCAGACCGGUCUUCUAGAUCUCGCCCCACAGCUGAUUGUUCCCUUCCUCGGCCACUCCGAAUACCUGCGCACGUGGUUUAUAUCGACCGUCCUCCCGCUCCUCCGUCUCAGUUACGAAUACUAUCCGCAAAGCCCUGCCUUCUCUCUCGACGAGUUUGCGGCACUCAAGGGACAGCACGCCAUCGACUACCAGCUUUCGAAUGUGCGCAAUGCGAAUGGGACGGAUGUACAACAUGCAGCGCGGGACCUCAAGGGCGUCGUGGCGCCGUGGCUAUGCGGAGCUAAUGAUCGCAAGAGGCGGAGAACUACAAGUGAGGGUCGAAGGGCGUCAAUCGCACAAGAGGAACACGAAAUAGAUGACUGGGACUGUCUGUUUCAAUGGCUACUACACAUGUCAAAGGAACACCUGGCGCUUGUUACUGCAGCCAUGUCUGAUUGGGAUGGCCCGGAGGACAUGGAUCUUGGUGGUUACGAAGAAGGACGAGACUUUGUCGACGAUGAUCAGCAGCGCCAGCUUGAAAUGAAGUACGCACGCACAGCCCUUGCGUGUCUCUACAUGGUGGACAAGAGCGAUGUGGGUACAUUACAGACGGCACAUCUACUCCUAGGGCGGAUAUGCACUCUGCUCAACUACGACCCCCCGCCAGACCUGAGCAUUGGUGUAGAUCAACUACCAGCGUACGACCUAAAGGACCCUGUGUUGCAUGACUCGACGACUGCCUUACUCCGGGAAGACCGACUGCUGGAACCCGGCAACGCCAUCACAGAGCCCGGACCUGAAGCAUUUCGCGUCCUGGAGCUGAUCAUGUUCUCCUCGUGUGUUUUAUCAACCUUGCAACACCCUGUAUCGAUGCGGGAUGUUGCCGAGAUGUCGCUACAUGACGACUACUCAGAGCAACUCUCUCUACUGCAAAAGAUACUUCACACACUCAACAGCGGCUCGAAGAAAAGCAGUAACGAAUGGGGGACCAUACGGGCUAAGCUACGGUGGCUGUGGAACUGGGGUACCGACUAUCAUGACGAGGACCGCAAAGCCCAGGGUAUCUUUGGCAUGCUAGAUAGCAAGACUGUGGAGACUGAAGUUUUGAAAGCACUACUCGAGAGCAACCACUUUCCCCUCGCUAUAGAGCUUUAUAUCAAGCCCCCCUUUGGCCAGCAACCGCUUCUCUCCUCUGAUGUGGAACAGGUUGUGCUCGCUUCAGCAAUGCACCACUACGAUAAUGCAAGCAACGGCAACCGCAAUAGGGGUGGUAUGAAGCGUGCCUCUGAUCUCAUCGCCGCCUUUGCCCCUCACUUUCCUUCUUCUUCACGUUUUCGACGUUUUCAGGCUCUACUGGCAGCAACCCAUGCCAUGUCUUUUUAUUCGCUCAUACUACAACACGGCGUACCCUUCCAGCCGGUCAAUAUCAGAGUCAGCUCAAAUCCGCUAUCCCUAGUCCGAAAGCUGCUAUCACAGAACAGCGGCAGCUAUACAAAGCUGGACGACUUGGUUUCCAUUGGACAGAAUCUUGUGGUUGCAACGCCAUCGACCAUCAUGGACGAGGAAGCAGGAAGCGUGCAACUAGACCCCUCCACGAUUGAGCGAAAGAAGGCAGCUGCGGAACGACGAGUCAUUGGCAUGGCCAUUCAGGCUGCACUAGAAGAGGAUGAUUUUGAAACUGCGUACUCGUAUGUUGUCAACCGACUGACGCCAUCUACACCAAUACCCACACCGUCAGCAUCAUUCCAGCUCUUCUCUUUUGGCUCUGCGCAUGCCGAAAACCACGAAGAUGACGCAGAAGAUGUGGCCUGGCGGGCUGCUCUCCGGGCUGGUCGUUAUGACUCCUCACCACCCUCCUACAACACAUGGUCUCAAGCUGGAAAUGCGGCGCGGCCAGACUUGAGAAGACUGGAGCAACGCAUGGAAUUGCUAUCACAGGCACUCUUACUUGCACCGCCCAGUCAUCUGGAGGAGGUAUUGGGCGUAUGGCAGCAGUGUGAAGCUGAGAUGAUGCAUUUGCUCGCCCAGGAAACUGAAGCAGACGAGCGAUUCAACGAUGCCGCUGACCGCAAGCUUCCUGGUUCUUUCAAUCUCGACACAAUUACCGUCCAGCCUCGCCGCGAGGUUGGAAGAGGUGCAGUUGAAGAGGCACCAAUGGGUCUGUUUGAUGUAGCACGCGGUGCGGCGGCGGCGUUUUCAAAGACUGCUUCUACUCUUCGUGGAAGCGCAGAAGCUCCGUCCAAAGCUGACACUACCUCGAGACGUGUCAGUAUGGAGGGCAGCGACUCUGGCAGUAUGAACGACCACGAGCGUGUUAGGAGGAGGGACAUGGUAGCCAAUGCCGCGACUGGAGCACUUGCUUCCGGCAUUGGCUGGAUGUUGGGUGCGAAGCCAGUGACCGAGUGAUGGAGCAACUAAUCUUCUCAUCAGCUUCUUGUGUUGGUAGUAAUGACUGUUUUAUACAGUUUUCGUUUGCACUCUUCUCUAUUUACAUGUCGUUGCUGUCUUUAGUGAAUUCUUGACCAGACGACUACAAUGCUUUGUUUCAGUAGGUCAGUCAGCAUGAGGCAACGUUGCUGCCAGAACCCAUGGGUGCAUAUUGUAAUGCUUUCGCACAUUCGUCAACAUCAACUCAUUCACAAUACAAACGUCAAAACGAAUGAUCA